GCAGCCCCGGGUAAUGUUGCUAAAAUCCAAUUUGCAAGAAAUUAACAGAAUUUGGACUCCGAGUCGGUAAAUUCGUCAAGAACAAUUAAUCCCAGAGGUUAUAACCCCCGCGAUGAUUGGCAUCUUCCUUCAUCGUCACUUCUCAGCCCAGCCAUGCCCUCAACCACGACGCCUCAACAGGACGAUUUGGCGCUGUAUGCGCGCCCUUCUCCUACGGAGUCUGUAACAGAGACUCUACAGGUCCCUGAGAGUGUCAGCGAGAAGAGACCUGAAGAACCCAAGGGUAUCGAAUCGGUCAAGAAAGGUCGAGACUUUUGGCUCAGUUUCGUGGCCAUGAUCGUUUCGAUUUUCUUGAGUGCUCUGGAUUUGACGUCUGUGGGAACGGCCCUACCGACGAUUGCCGAUGCUUUGAAUGAUGUCAAAGGCAAUUAUGUUUGGGUUGGAUCUGCAUACGCUCUCUCUAGUACAGCCAUCAUGCCUCUCAGUGGCAGUUUGUCGGAUGCCUUUGGCAGAAAACCUGUUAUGUUGGUUUCGAUUGCACUCUUCGCUUUGGGCAGCGCUUUAGCUGGGGCAGCCCAGAAUAUGAACAUGAUGAUCGGUGCACGAACCGUCCAGGGUCUUGGUGGUGGUGGAAUCAUCAAUCUUGUAGAGAUCUUGAUUUCUGAUCUGGUCGCACUCUCGGAACGGGGAACAUACCAAGGUAUGAUCGGUCUGACUUGGUCAUUUGCCUCGGUAAGUUCUAUUGGUGGUAUGAAUGGUGGUGCUCUUUCUUCCAAGGGAAAGAAGGCUUGGAGGUGGCUCUUCUACCUCAAUUUGCCCCUUACUGGUUGUGCCUUCGUCCUCGUAUUUUUCUUCUUGAACGUGCGCACUCCACCGGGCACGGUAAAAGAAAAACUGAACAAGGUUGACUGGUUCGGAAAUCUCAUUGUCAUCUGCGGCACUACUUUGGCUAUCAUCGGCUUGACCUGGGGAGGCAUUCGCUACCAUUGGACUGAUAAGCAUGUGUUGGCACCUCUCAUUAUCGGCUUCGCUCUUCUUGGUGCAUUCGCCUGGUAUGAGGUUAAGGUUCCAGCCAAACCGACUGUUCCUUCAGACCUUCUCAAGAACCGUACCACCCUAAGCGCCAUUUUAAUGACUGCCAUGCACGGCAUCGCGAGUAUCUCCGUCCUGUACUACUUACCUGUGUUCUUCCAAUCCUCAUUUGCCGCCUCCCCCAUCCGUUCCGCAGUCCAAUUCCUGCCCAGCGCGUUGAUCAUAGCGCCAUUUGCUCUCUCCUCUGGUUUCAUUGUUGCUAUAACAGGAAAAUACCGACCGGUCAACUGGGCUGGGUGGGCACUGGUUAUGAUCGGGUUCGGACUGCUUAGUUUGCUCAAGGAGGAUACUUCAACCGGGAAGUGGGUCGGCUAUCAGCUGGUUGCCAGUGCUGGACUUGGUCUGGUGUACUCUGCGCCCGUCUUUCCGCUACUGGCACCUCAGCCUAUCAGUCGAACAGCUUCUGCCUUGGCACUUUUCGCGUUCACCCGUGCAUUUACACAGACCUGGGGUAUAACCAUUGGAAGUACUAUUCUCCAGAACAAACUUAAAAUCAACCUCCCUGCUACCUACCUCGCCACAUUCCCGGCCGGCCGUGAGAUCGCAUACGCCGCCAUUCCCAACAUCCCUUCGUUAGCCGAACCUUUGCAAACAGAAGUCAGGGUCGCCUUUGCUAAAAGUAUGAAGGUCGUAUGGCAGACCAUGGUCGGGAUUUCUGGUGCUGGGUUUUUGUUCAGCCUACUCAUGCAAGAAGUGGAGAUGGUCGGGGUUGUUGACGAGACCUAUGCCCUCCAGGCACCUUCGGAGAAGAAGAAGACUGAGAAUCGGGAUGUAGAAAAGGCUACUCCCCCAGGAACGUCGUAAGCGAGAGGAUCUUUGGGAUGCGCAAUAACGUUUUUCCCCCUCAUGAAUUAAUCAUAUAGACACACUAAUAUAACGACACGGUCAGCUCGUACACAAACUGAAUCAUUCGCAUCGCUGUAAUGUUAACGUACAUUUGUCUAUAUAUCAUCACAAUUAUAAAGGUCAUAGAAUGAUAUUCGUUUGGUUGAGCAUUUCGCUCAACUUAAAGUUCCCACGCUCCUUCCUUUCACAUCCAUGCUAUCCGAUUUUGCUUCUGAUACUUAUUUGAUAGUAAG